AUGACCUCACGUAUAAUUUUAUCUCAACUCAAGAGAGUGGGCACUAUGCGGGCUAGCACUGUUUCUCAAGCAAUGAACUAUGCACCCAAGAGAACAUUGCUUACUAAAAAUUUGAUUUGGGCAAACCGUACGAAGGCACAGCAAGCAACUUCUUUAUUAGGACGUCAACAAGUUCGUACCAUGUUCAUCCAGACAGAACAAACUCCCAAUGACGAUUCACUCAAGUUCAUUCCUGGUGUACCAGUAUUGGGCAGCGGUUCAGCCGAGUAUUUGGAUGUUCGUUCCUCCAUGAAAUCACCCCUUGCAAAGCAACUAUUUCACAUUGACGGUAUCGCUGGUGUGUUUUUUGGACCUGACUUCAUUACAAUCUCAAAGGAAGAAAGCGCUGAGUGGCAAUUGAUGAAACCUGACAUCUAUGCAGCCAUCAUGGAUCAUUUUGCCUCUGGUCAACCCAUUGUAUACGAUGCUGAUGACUUAGCUGCCAAUGACACUGCCAUUCACCCUGACGAUUCAGAAGAAGUUCAAAUGAUUAAAGAACUACUCGAUACACGUAUCCGUCCUUCUAUCCAAGAAGAUGGUGGUGAUAUUGAAUACUGUGGAUUUGAAAAUGGUAUCGUUCAGCUCAAAUUGAAGGGUAGUUGCAGAGGUUGUGAUAGCUCAACCAUCACACUUAAAAAUGGUAUUGAGAACAUGUUGAUGCACUAUAUCCCAGAAGUGCAAGGUGUCGAGCAAGUCAUUGAUGAAAAUGAAGAAAUCUCUCUUCAAGAAUUUGACAAACUCGAAAAGAAAUUGGGCGAAAAAUAA